AUACCGGACCAAUAAACAACGCCAUAUAGUUCGACUGGCCAUACGGAAAUAAUUAUUUUUAUGUAUGAGACAGUAUUUUCAUUAAAAUAUCUUUAGUGUUAACAAGUUUUAUAUUACAGUAAAAUAUUUAUUGGUUGGAGUCAGUCAGCCAAUGAAAUUGGACGUUUUUGUACGCGAUGACGUCACUACACAGAGUAAAACUAUCGCGCCGUUUUCGUGGUCCAUGUACUAGCCUGUCGUCGCGAUGGAGGCAUCAAACAAUUCCAGGGAGCAGAAUUCAGAUAUAGAGAGUGCUGUAAGGAAUCUGCUUAGUUGCAUCCGAAGGCAUAGCAACCCUCAAGCACAUGGAAGUUCCAACAUUUCUCCCACUGUGGCACCUCAGCCUGGUACCAGUGCUUCCUUUAGUGUUGGCCAGGCGGCACCUCAGCCUGGUACCAGUGCUUCCUUUAGUGUUGGCCAGGCGGCACCUCAGCCUGGUACCAGUGCUUCCUUUAGUGUUGGCCAGGCGGUACCUCAGCCUGGUACCAGUGCUUCCUUUGGUGUUGGCCAGGCUGUUAGUAGGCCAAGCACAGUUCAGCAAGAAAUGCAAAGAGCUUUUCCAGCACUUUACCAUGGAAACUGCAAAAGAAGGAAAAAAAUGGCCCCUGUACCUGCAAAAGUUACAUCUGUAAAGUUCUUAGAAUUCCAGUUCUGUUUGCUGUCAAACAAUUCCCAAAAAACUCCCAAAGAUGAAACGGUUCUCUUACAAGCAGGACUAGGGAGAAGAACUGUAAAUAUUCCGGACAAUGCUGAUCAUACUGAGAUAACCAAAGUACUUCUUCAGGAGUACCCAAAGUUGCAAAACAUAAAGGGUGGUUGGCUACUCCAAAAAGCCUCAGGGGGAAGUGGACAAAGGAAAACAACAUCUCUGGCCCAGGAUUCCCAGGGCUACACAACAAAAAUAUUGAAGACAUCCUCUAACAAUGGGAAGAAUGUCAUCUACAUCGUCCCUCUCCAAGAAGAAAUCGAUAUAGUCCCAUUGCCAUAUGAUGCACCUGAAUUUCAUAACAUGCCCAAAAACAUCUGCAUGACCUGUGGUACAUCAGUCCCAUUACAGUUGCUGCCAUGUCACCUUGAGGAUUGUCAAAGUAAUAAUGCUAUAGAAUCUGAAUUUGACAAGGAUAAAGAAAAUGAAGACGUCCAAGGAGUGAGCCAUGAGUCAGAUUUAAUUUGUCUGGAUGCCUGUCCGAUAUGUGGAGAAGAAUUUUCUGCCGAGGUGAUGCCUUACCAUGCCAGUACAUGUGGAGAAAGUUUCCCUGAGAUUUUCCCCUCAAUUAUGGAUGGAAAUUUGUUUGAUGAAAGUGCCUCAUCACCAUCCCAAACCAGUACCAGACUACAAAGCACUACUUUCCAACUUGAUCCUGAUCAUUUGACUCCUGGGCCAUCAGUUUCAGCUGAAAGUGCACCUUCAAUGUGUGAUGAUUGGAAGAGGAUCGAGCUUCCAGAAAGGGCAGCAGUAUUGUAUAGGCGGUAUACACUUCGACAAAAAGAAGACGAGCUCCCACUGAAAGUAAGAAUUGAUAUUCGAGAAGACAUGGAGGACCAGGAGGGCAGAAUAAUAAAUUUUUACAAGGUCCCCAAAAUUGAUUGGACUAGACCUCUUCAAUGCAGAUUGGAAGGGGAUGUUGCCAUUGGGGAUGGUGUUCAGCGCCAUUUUUUCAGCAUGGUGAUGCACAAGCUGCAGAAUGGAUUCCUCUUUAAUGUUGGAAAUGGAAAUGGAACUGCAUUAUUUGAAGGGCAAGCAGACCACCUUAUUCCAUCUACUUCCCAAGUCCUUUUGCAGAGUGACUUGUUUGUGAUGGCAGGCCGGAUUAUCGGUCAUUCUUUCCUCCAUGGUGGGCCUUCAUUAGCAGGAGUGAGCCCAGCCAUUGUACAUGUGUUAUUGGGUGGCUCCCCACAGACAGCAACCAUCACACUUGAAGAUGUGGCUGACAUCGACAUUAGAGAGACAAUACAGAUGCUUGCUGUAGGUGAUUUAAAGAAUGAUUUCACUGAGGAUCAAAAGGCAGCCAUUAACCAACUGGCAAUGUCUUGGGACUAG